AUGUUGCUCUUGGAUUACCAGAAUGUUUUGAUUCAAUCGCUCCUUACGGAGCGGUUCUCUGGUGCCCCCCCAGCCUCCAUUGACCAAGUGGCCUCUGACUUUGACGGAGUGACAUUCCACGUUUCAACCCCCGAGUCCAAAACCAAGAUCCUUCUCUCAAUCAAUGUCAAAUGCUUCAAAGAGCUUGUCCAGUAUGGCGCCCAGGAGGUACUUGAGCGGGAAUACGGCCCCUACAUUGUGUCUCCCGAGCCCGGUUAUGAUUUCUCCGUCCAAGUUGAUCUUGAGAAUUUGCCUGCUGAGCAGGAGGCCCGGGAUGAGUUGGUCAUGAAGCUCGCCCUGUUGAAGCGCAAUGCCAUGGCAGCCCCAUUUGAGAGAGCAUUUGAUGAGUUCAACAAGCUUGCGGAGGAAGCUUCACGAUACACUUCAGAGUCAGCACCACAGGGUAUAAAGGAGGGUGGAGAGGUGAUGGCCAUUCAUUACCGGGAAGAGGAGGCCAUUUACAUUAAAGCCAGCUUUGACCGGGUGACUGUCAUCUUUAGCACCGUGUUUCGGGAGGAGACAGACCGCAUCUUUGGCAAGGUCUUUUUGCAGGAAUUUGUGGAUGCCAGACGUCGUGUGGUGACCCUGCAGAAUGCCCCUCAAGUACUCUUCCGCAAUGAUGCCCCAUUGGAGCUACAGGGUGUGCCUGGCCUGCUCACUGCAGGCGAAGGUGAAAUCAGCUACGUUACUUUUGUUCUGUUUCCCCGGCACUUAACUCCCCAGCGCCGCUAUGACAACAUCUCCCACAUCCAGACCUUCCGUGAUUAUUUCCACUACCACAUUAAGGCUUCGAAGGCGUACAUCCACACCCGUAUGCGCAAGCGCACAGCCGACUUCCUUCAAGUUCUCAACCGGGCCAGACCAGAGAAUGAAGAACGUGAGCGCAAGACGGCCAGUGGACGGACAUUCCGAGUGCAAAGUUAA